AUGCAUCAUCGCUGCAAACACGCAGCUCUGCCAUGUUUGUGCUCCCCCUGUUCGUGGACGGUGAAAUGAUCGCCGCGUAGGAAAGCUGCUGCUGUCAAGUUUCAAGUUUUUAUACCGUCACUAUGGUGAAAUACUGAAGAUUAAAUGCGCUCUCCGGUUUUGCAGUCAGACUCUUGAAGCGGGACGCGCCUUGCACCAUGUCAGCCGACGCGCAGGACUUUGAUGAAUAUGACAAACCCGGUGCUGAGCGGUCACGCAGGAGGAGAGGCGAAGAUGACGAUCUAGAGAGUGAUUUAGAAGAAGAGUUGUUGGAGGAGGAUUGGCUGUCGGGUAAAAAGAAUCCCUCAGAAGUGUCGGACGAGGAGCUGAACGACGACCUUCUACAAAGUGAUGAUGAAGAUGUUAAUAUGAGCGGUCAGGAUGUGAGCUUCAAUGCCACGUACAGCUUGGGCGCAUCCUAUGACCAGCAGGGCAACUUGCAGGAAGCGGACUUCACAGAUGACAUUGUAAACCUGGGCGCAGAGGGCUGCGAAGAAGGGGAUGUGGAGCAGGAGGAGGAGGAGGAGGGGUACCAGCAAGAGGGGGAAGAGUACACAGAGGGAUACAGCCAGGAUGACAACGCCGAGAUGCCUGAAGACCAAAUGGAUUACAUUGGAGAGCAGGCUGAGGGUGACGAUGGCUACCAGGAUGAAGUGCUAGACAUCCAAAUCAAUGAGCCCAUAGAUGGUGAAUUUCAAGAUGAUGAAUAUCAAACCUCUUAUGGCGAUCAGCCUGUGGAUGAACAUGGAGUCCAACAGGAGGAGGCCCCCGAGGGGGAGGAGGAGGCAGUAGGGAGAGAAGAGCAGCAGGAAGAGGAGGAAGAAGACGCCGCCGAAGGCUCUCAGGGCUUUGACACAGAGGAGGUUGAAAAUGAAGCUGUGCCUGAAGAAGAAACGAAAGACGAAUCCGAUGAGGAGGAUGAGGAAGACGAAGAGUCUGGUCGCAUACGCUUCAAAUCUGAGAGAAAGGAUGGCGCUGUUGUGCGAUUGGCUGAUGCAAGUAAAAGGAGAGAUAUCCCCGAAACACUAGAACUGUCUGAGAAGGCCAAACAGGAUCUGAUGGAGUUUGAGGAACAAGAACGGCAAAAGAGACAAAACCGUUACGGAGGCCGAGGCAGAGGAGGAGGCCGAGGAGGCAGGGGAAGAGGAGGUUUCCCGCCUUUUGGAAUGAUGGAUUUUAGAGGAGGAAACAGAGGAAGAAUGAAUGACCACAGGAUCCCCCUGAUGGGAAACAUGGGCAUGCAGCAGCCAUCCUCCCGAAUGCCUCCUCCUCAUCAGCUUCAUCAGCAACAACUGCAGUCCCAGCAGCACCACCCUUCACGUCCAAGAGGACCUCCUCCCUUCCAGGAGCACGGGCGCCCGCUGACCCAGCAGCCCCUUCAGCCCCUCAUCCCCCCGCACAUGACUCACCGCUCCCCGCCGCUGCGGCCCCAGAUGGAGCCGCCACCACGGAUGAUGAGCUCCCCACCUCCCAACUUCCCCCAGCAUCACCAGCAGCAGCAGCAGCAGCAGCAGCCUCCGCAGCCCAAAAACAUCCACAUUAACCCCCAUUUCAGAGGGCCAACGUCAUCCUCUGUACAAGUGCCCUUGAUGCCUCCUGCUCAGAGCCAGCCCAGACCUGCUGUGGGUCCUCAGAGGUUCCCUGGACCGGGAGACUUCCAGCAGCACAUGUCUGGUAAUUUUGGUCAGCCCCAGCGGCCCCCUCAUCACAUGGAGCCCUUUAGAAACCAGCCACCUCAAGGCCCCCAAGACAGAGAGCCCCUCUUUAUGGGAGAGCGCACAGAGUCAACAAGGUUUCCAGGGCAGCACAUGUUUGAUCACCAGGGCCCCAGCCCUCUGAUGAACAACAGCCACAACCUGCACCACCAGCAGCAGAUGCCUGGCCAGGGCCACAUGGGCUUCGGCCCACCAAGACCAGCCUUCAACCAGCCCAGCCAGGGUCCGCUAGGACUUUUUCCCAGAGAACCCCCAAGACCCAACCUCCCUCCCCACCAAGGUCAUCAGGGGAUGGUCGGCUUGGAUCAACAAGGCGGCCCCCCUAACCAGCCCAGACCCUUCAUGGGCCCUCGUCAGCCGUUUGGCCAACAGGGGAACCUUUUUCCCCCUCCGCAAGUCCAGUUUGGGAUGCAGGUACGACUAAGAGGCUUAAUGCACGGCCCUCCCGUCUCCCAGCUUCCGCACCACGACCCCAUGCCAUCCCAUCAGCCCAUGCACCAGCACCAGCAACAUCACAGGCAGGAGUUACCCCAUCAUCAGCAUCAGCAAAUAAAUGUCAACGAGCCUCGCCCCAUGAUGCACCAUGGCCAGAAUCCCUUCCACCAACAUCAGGCGCACGGUAGCCCCAGGCAGAUGACUCCCCGCCCUCAGAACCCCCAACAGCGAAAUAUGUCCAACAGGCAGAGGAUGAACACACCUCUCUCCAAGCAAAUGCAACAACGCAACAGCAACCUACGUGAGCUCCCUGUAGCACCUGGCAACGCAAACAUGAACAGUACCCGCCCCGCCGCCAACGUUAGGCCUGUUGCCAAGGCAACACAGGGGGUGCGUCCCGGGCAGAACGCUCAGCUGGUGCCUGCCGGUGGCAGAGGGAGAGGCCAAGUCGCUGCCAAGAAUGAAUCGCACGCUGGGCCCGACGGCAGGACAGUGGUUCGCAAGGAAAUCCCAAGCACACAGUCCAGCACGGCACCACAGAACCCUGAUGAGGAUGAGGAGACACGGCAGUACCGGCUGAAGAUUGAGGAGCAGAAGCGCCUGAGAGAGGAGAUCCUGAAGAGAAAGGAGAUGCGAAGGCAGAUGCAGGCUGGUGUCAGAAAGAAGGAGCUGCUGGACAGGCUCAAUUCCCACACUACAAGCCAAAACCCAGCUCCUCCACAGAUUCAACCCACACAACAAAAUCAGCAAAUGCCACACCCUGUACAACAACAACAACCAACACCACCACAUCCUCCUCCUCCACAGCAGCAGGAACAAAAACAACAGCCGCAACCACUACAGCCCCAACAGCAGAGACAGUUCCCUCAGAGAACACCGCAACCAUUAAAUCAAUCAUUGAAGACUCCCAAUCAAGGCACCCCCAUCCCUCCCAACAGCAGUGCUCAGACCCCUACACCACGUCCCAACGUCAAGACACGCCUGCAGAUGGUAAAAGGCAACACCCAGCAGCAACAGAACCCCGGGCCUGGUCCAGACCAGCAAUGGAAACCGCCCCAACAAAAUCAGCAGCAGAUGCUACAACAGCGGAGGAACAGUGCUCUGCAGAACGUGAACAGGCCUGGUGGUCAGGUUCAGUCCAAUCAGGGCCCUCCAAAGAACAUACCUGUAACUCCUUCCGCGGGCCCUGGCCAGGCUCAGACACAAGGACCCAAACCCGGGGCUAAAAGAACUGUGAUGCAGCGGAAGAACUCUGGUUGCGAAGGGCAGCCGGUGCCGCAAAAAGUCAGAGUCGUCAAACUUUCAGGAGUGAGUGCAAAGGGACCCGCAGUCACCGACGGCCCGGCGCAGGAGCAAGACACCUGGUCCGCAACCCCGGUCAACCAGGCCGUCCAAAGGAAGGUCACCAUGACAGGACAGCAGCAACAAGGACCAGGCGAAACACCGCAGGCUAGCCGAGGGGGCAUGGGCAACCCACAGCAAAACAGGGUUGUCGUGUCGGGCCGGGGCCGAGCUAGAGGGGGUGGUCAGAUGGGUCGAGGUCGUCCGGUGUCCACCAGACAGAGCCAAAGAGCGGCAGAGAGCGAAUGCUGUACCGUUUCCAUAGAGGGCCUCUCCUCAUCCACGACGGACGUUCAACUGAAGAACCUUCUCAGGUCCAUUGGCCCCAUCGAGAUGUUCAAAAUGAUGCCGCAGCAGAGGAAAGCAGUCGCCAAAUUUUCCAGUGCCCAGCAUGCAGCAAGUUUUCAAAUGAGCUUCCAUAGGCACAUGAUUGAUUUGUCCCACAUUGAUGUGUCGCUGAUUGAUGGAUGAGGAGCACAAAAGAGCGAGGGAGUCCCGUAACAAGAAGUCACUUUCUCCCAACGCGGGAACCCUCUCGUGCACAGCUCCAACCUGGCGUAGGAAUAUUUCUUCUGCCCUUUUGGGGGGUGGGCGUCACACACACCCACCAUCGACGUCUCUGCACAGAAGCAUCGCUCAUCUCCCGUCUACUUGGAACAGUGAACAUAAAGACUACUCUGGCCAUUGUUUGACUUUGUCUACCAAUAGUCCAUUGUUGUAAAAUGGCACCGGAGAGACACUGGACAGUUUAUCCUACUUUGAUGUCGUUUGUGAAGAAUGUUUAGAGCGUCUUACACGGACACUUAUACACGUAGAACUUAUCAUGGGAUAAUGGUUGCUCCCCUCCUCAAUUCUAUUCAUUAUUAAAACACUUAACCUUUGUGAUUCUUAUGCGAUCACUUCAUAGUAAUAGCAUUUUUUUAUUAUUUGUGGCUUGUGUGUUUUGGUUCGGACGCAUUGAGUAGUUGUGGCAGACUGUGGCCAGCCUGUUUACAUUCAGUAGCAGUGUUUCUCCCCAACUGUAGAUGGCAGUAUUUCAUCACUAAUGGUGCUUCAUUUUUUUUUUCUCCCCCCCCAACUGGAGUCCGCUUUCAGGUACAGAUGAGUCUCCAAGUAGUUUUUGGGUGAAUGGCACUACCUAGUGGAGAACUUGCAUACAGGCACGUUGGUUUGAUUUUAAACAUUCGACAUGUAGCAGUGACUGGGGCCAAAUUGGCAUUGGAUGUAACAUUUUUUUUUCUAAAUUCCCAGUGGUUUUGGGACUUGUAAAUGUGACUCUUGUGUAGAUGUUGUGGUGCUACUUUUUUUUUUUUUAGUUUCAGUGCUGCUUGUGGGACGGAUUGUUCAGAUAACUUGCUUAAGUUAGUCACUUUGGCCAUUUGGCGUUGCUCCUUGUUAAACUGUUAUUAGGUCUUUUAACUGUUAACGGGCAUACAUUUUGGAAUAAUCCUUGAUGCCUCUUCGAUGUCUUUUUUUAGUUGUAUGAGUGAUUAUGGAGUAGGUAGGUUUCCAAAUGAGCGGAGUGUGCGUUGAGGGAAUGCGUAUGUAAGUUCUUCUUGAGAUUUUUUAUGAUUACAAUUGAAACGCAUACUACUGGGGAUACAAUAUUGAUCGUAUACGUGUAUGAUCGGAGAAAACUGCGUAUAAAUUCAAAUACACAUUAUGUACAUUUUUGCAAGGAUAUAUUCAUUUGGUUUUACUCCACUCGGAUCAGAAUCUGCGAGACUAUCAGCUAAAUUAUUUGGUGCCUUAUCACUUCACUGCAUACCCGGAGGAGGUAAUACUUUGCCCCAUAAAUUAAAUUACCCCUAUUAUAAUAAAGAUAUCCUCUGUAAAUGCUGGGCUCUUAAACAUAUAGUUAUCAUACUACAUAUAGAUACAUACUGAGGUGUGAAAAAGCAAUCUCUAAUGCUUCACUUUAUUUUACUUUGAGCAUGUGCCCUUGUUUGGGGAGUGCUGCCACAUCAUUGAAAACUUUAAAUUCUUUAAAUAUUUAAUUUCUCUGGUCUGGCUCUUUAACUUCACUAGACAUUAGUUAUUAAUGUAAAUAUACCAAUUUAGGUUGAGUUACUUUUUCCAUAAUUCAAUUAUUCCUUUCUUCAUCACACAACAUUUUUGUCUACUCUGGGUUUAAAGUUUGUUGAUUGAAAGCAGUUCUUUUAAAUAUUCAAACAUCAUUACCUGUAUCUACCAAUGACUGCAGUUCAGAAGUGAACGUCGUGUACAUCAUUCGCAGGAAUUUGACAAAAGAAGCGGAGGGGGCAACCUUUAUCCAUGUAGUAAUCAUGUACAUAAGUAGACCAGAACUUUCUCCCAAUAUUUAUCCUGUUAACUUUUUUUUGCGUUAUUCUUUACAUAUGUUGUAUCAAGUUAAACAUUUUUUAUAUGUAAGGAUAUACCGACGUGUCCAGACAUAAAUCAUUUUACAAGUGUUUUGUUUCUAAUUUAGAGCCAAAAUGAAGAAUGACUGGACCACAUUUCUGUUUAUAAGACAUUUGACAAAAAGUUUAAGGGAUAACAAGAAAAUAAAAACAUGGCCAAUAUACCGUGAGCUUGCGGGUAUGUGAAGCCGGUUAAACUUUAGCCCAAAGAUGUGUGGUUUUGUGUGAUGUCCAUGUGUCUGGUGCCUUUACAAUGAAUGAUCUUUCUUAUUUGUGCUGCAUUUUAUUCAUUUUUACUUUCGUAUUGUGUAAGUUCCUGGGUAUUCAACUUGCAACAUAUCACAUACACUUGAAAAAACUUUUUUAAACACCUUGUAUGGCAAGAAGUACUACCUCAUAUAGAUUUAGGGGGAUGCCACUGAAUUUUGGCAUUGAAAUUAUUUGCUUCAUAACCAGAAACGUGAGAAUUUUUGUCCUUCCCAUUUAACUGUGAUGUCAUACUAAUGUUCAGCUCCGUACAGCCCUGCCAAGCUAGAGGUAAAGCAAUAAGUAAAUGUAGCAGCAUUUUAAUGAUUUUACUGGAUUUUGUUGGUUGGAUUAAGCUUUUAUACAAAGAAAAUUUGAAUGGCUGAUAUUUAGACAUUCAGUCUCUUUAAUUACUUAGUAAAUCCGAUCCUGGCUGUGCAUCUGGAUGACAUCACAGAUUAAGUUCUUGGUUAUCUGGUUUAAAGACUUGAGAAAGUUUAUUCACAAGUAUUUAUUGGCCUCUGUCAUUUACUGCAUGUGUAAGUCAAAUCAAUAAAUUUAGUGGUAUUUCCCUUUUUAGAAAUAGUCAUUACUUGAAAUAACUCAAUAAUCCUCAAUCCAAAUAAUCUACACAUGCACGAUUCUUGCCAGUAAAGGUGACGAGAUUCUUAAUAUGCUCUAAGUAUCAAACGUAUUGGGACAAAUGCGGUGUCUGAAAAUGUCUAAACUCUUGAUAUCUUCUUACUUCUUGUAAAACUUGAGGUUGCGUGGUUUCAAGUCUUUUUGUAUGUUGUACAGUUGUUCUAAACUGACUUCUUUAUGUUUUUAUUCCUUUUGUUUUUAGUUGAAAUGAUGUAGAGCUUUUUGUUGCCUAACAAUGUGUAUUUAAUGUCUUUUAUGUUGUGGGUUACACUUGACUUUUAGUGCUGUGGUAAAUCCUGUGGAUUUGAAAAAAGUAUCGGCUAUGCCAGUGUAGUUAUAUCGGUAUAAGACAUUUGGUCUUGUAAUAACAGAACAGAUUCAUAUUGGAUCUAUCUGUACCUUAAUUUUAAGUAUUUCGUACAUAUAUGUACCUUUUGAACGUUAAGAUAUGCUGUUCUAUUUCUCAAAAUAAUGGUGCUCUAUUACAACUUGAAUUACUGUAGGCUACUUAACAAGCAGGAUGUUUUUCCAAUUGCAUCACCUCAUGGUUGCAGUAGGAUAUUUAGCUAUUUAAGUAAGCUCAUCUGUGACAUGUCUAUGAGGCUUUCUUGUGCUUGCAUAAGAGACCUUCAUUAUGGCUGCUAUAAGAAUGUUUAUACAAGCUUUGGGUCAAAUACACAACACUGUCGGGUUCUACAUAACACUAACUUACAACUUUUUUCCUCAACAGGUUUGUUUGGCGAUCAGGGGUGCUGCUAGUAGCUGAAAUAAUCAUUUAUUUCUUUGUUUUUCCUCAGAUCACGUCCACUUGAACAGAGCAAGUGUUUCCAGCUGUCGCUGCUGUGAUUUCUAGCCCCCAAAAGUAACGUUAAAGGACCAUACCAAGGGUUUAGCAUGUUUUAGCAAAUCAACAAAUUGGGUUAGAGAUGUGUUAUAAUUUACCGCUGCCCACUUUACAAAUUAUAACUACAAGAUUCCCCAACUGAAAGGCAGCUGUUGGUUUAAGUUCAUGCUAGCACUAUAUGAAAAUAAAUUUGCUUAAGAUCUGUAAUCCAUCACAUUGAACUAUCAGUUUUUUAUUGUUGCAUGAAAAGCAGAUGACGAUAUUGGUUCCUUGUUUAUAAGUUUAGAUGCUUAAAGUUCCAACAUCUGAAAUUUUAGUUGGGUAGUUUCUAGUUUGUCCCUCUAAUGUAACAAUUUAACGUUAACUUUGGAAAAACCCAGCAGGUCAUUUGAAACCACUUGCUACUGUAUUGAAGACGUUUCCUGAUUUCUUAAAGGCUUUUUUUUUUUUUUAAAUCAGGCUGGUAUGAAAAAUAAUUCAUUUGUUGCAUGUUGUAAAUAAUACAUCACCAGACCGAAAGUUUAUUUAUUAACCUCUUUCUCUAAGUGCUUAACAACCAAGAAGAUAUAGUAUGUCAUCUCCAGUUUUUGUCUUUGUUUGGUUCAGUUAAUAGUUGUAGCUGGUUUAUUUACAUUUUUAAUAUACCAGAUGGAAUAAUUUUUGUACCAGCAAAGAGCGUUGAGUGUUGAAAAAUGACCUACAGGGUUUUUUGGGCUUUUUUGCCUUGAUGAAAUCCAUGGCUUAAAUCUGUGGUUAUAAUCAUUAGUGCAAAAGUCUUUAAAAAUAGAAGUAUUGAUUGCAUGAGAGGUACAAACAGGUUGAGUGAAAGCAUGCCAAACCAUUGGCAUGGUCCGACACUUUGGGUGCCCAUGGUUUAAAACGCAUUGGGCUGUUUGAGGUUGUAGUUGGACAGAUGCUUUACUGUAGAGAUGUGUCUUAUGAAAACACACCUGAUGUGACCACCAGUCAUGACAGGUGUCACCACAUCACCAAAA